AAUAUUUGGUAAACUUACAAACAUUUAAAUUAUUAACGUGUCAGAUUAGAUUCUAUUGAACCUAUGGAUACGGUAGACGAUUGUAAAAAACUUGUUGGCUUUGACCAGCAAUUGGAUUACGUGGAGCACAUAUUGCAAAAGGCUGACAAGUAUAAUAACGAACUUGCGGCCCAGAUCGACAAUUUGAAGACUCUCGUGCAAAGUAAUCAAAGUCUACUUGACAAUUUGCAAGCGAAUGAAAUGCACAUGAGAACUUUACUGGAAGACAAGCAGACAGCCGACCUGCAUGCUGAAAUGAUUAGGCAUGUUAAACGCUUAAAAAAAAAGAUUUUCAUCUCUUUAUCCUUGUUUGAUGAGCUUGAGUCUGAGGAAAGUUCUAAUGACUGUGGGGAGGGUCUGGAUUCAGAGUCUAGUCUGUCACAGGAAAUAAAUGAAUUGGGCGCAUCUCUCGUUUCCAUUGGAAAUGAGAUAACUUCACUUAGUGUGGAUAAACUGAAUGAGAUACGAGAAGCAAGUUUUCUGUCACAGUCGUCUUGUAAGGGGUCCAACAAAGAACUUCGUUGUUGGACCCAUUGCAGGACAUCGAUGAAGUAUGAUUUGCAGGCACAGGAGCUGAUUGAGUUACGUAAUGCAACUGAAUUGUUAUUCCAAGGCUUUAACCAAUCAGACUCGUUAACAGUGGAGCUAAUAUAUGAAAACCAUAUAUUGGAAAGAGGUAUUAUUGCUAUGAUACAAUUGCUAUUUUAAAUAUUAUUGUAUAACAUUUAUAUAGUUAAAAGCAUCCUGUAUAAAGUUCAGCGACUAGAGUUAAAAUCCAAAACACUCAUGAAAAUCAAAAUUCUUUUAAAAAAACUUCUAAGAUCCUUGAUUAAACGAAAACAAUUACAUCUUUCAAAUGGUCUAAUCAAAUUUGCCAAUAAUAUUUCACCAAAUACUGAAUUGAAAAAUUGUUACUGUGUGCCAA